AUGGAAAGCAAGGAACGAAAGCUUGUUCAACAAUGUCCAAGUUCAUUCAGCUGCAGCAAUGGAAAAAGCCCAGAACCUGCUGGCGGAGUGGAAAGAAGCUCAAGAACACCAUGCUCCAUGCCACAACAAUGGAGUUCACCAAGCCAAGGGAGAAUUAAAAUUAAUGUAGAUGCUGGGUGGUCGGGACCACACUCUAUAGGGCUCGGUUUUGUAGCAAGGGACCACAGAGGAAUCAUAAUGCUCGCUGGAACCUGCUUGGAAGCUCAACGCUUGGAUCCCCUUAUUGCUGAAGCUAUGGCCCUUCGCUGGAGCCUACACACAGCCUUGGAAGUGGGUUUAGAUAGUGUGAUCUUUGAAUUGGACUCUCUCUCUGUGGUCAAAGCAAUGACAACCAAUUCAAGCCUUUGGACUAUCCAAAUCCUUAUGCAAGAUUGUAUCUAUCUAGCUAGUCUAUUUACCUCUAUUUCCUUCAAUCAUGUAUCCCGGAAUGCAAAUGCACCUGCUCAUACUCUUGCUUCUUUGGCCUGCUCUUAUAAUACCAAGUUGUGGUGGGAUGUUCCACCUCUUGAAAUAGAGCAGGCCCUCUUUGUAGAUGCUGCUUUGUCUGAUUAA